ACUGCCAAGCAGAAGUGCAGAUCACACCUGACGACACGUGACACCACAGGUAAAGUUGCGGCUCCGCCCCCUUUUGCCUCGACUUGUGUCGUCUGCUUGACUAAGUUGGGGGACAAUAAAGGUGAGUUCGAUCAUCCGGAAUCGACACCUGAACGAGUUAUUUGAGGGGAACAGCUCAGUCUGCGGGACUGUUUCCGUCCACGGAGGAUGAAUGGGCACGUGGGCGCGCGGGAUCUUGUGACCCAGGAUGACACCAGCCUGGCUCUGUCCUCCGCCGGGCAGACCACCGACUCCACGGAGAGGGCCUCCGUUACCCAGCGGACCAUCCGAGUCAAGGAGCAGGUCAAGAUGUCUAUGGCGAGGAAGUCGACGAAGAAGAAUGGAGUCAUGGGUGUCACCAAUGCAUAUUCAUCAAAGCUCAAUGGAUCUAGCCUCCAAGACAACUCUGCAACCGGCAACCUUGGGAGGGGACCAACCAAGAGGUUGGAGAUGUCCCCCCCACCGAGCCCAGAGAUAUCCUCUCCCAGUCGCUUUAAUCACAGCGUGUACCAGAGUAGGGUUCAAACUUCUGGACUUGGCCAAUCACAAGUGACAGGAAAUGGGAAGAGUUUCCACAGGUCAACAUCUGACCCUUACAAUCUCAAAACCCCACCCAAACUCUCAUCUGCUCCCAUUGGAAGGUCCAUCAGACAGACAGGAGGAGCACAGUCGAGGCUUUCCAGUCGUGUAUCUCAGCAGACUGUUAGAACAAAGAGUGUCAGACAAACUGUUGUCAAACCGGACCAGUACAGUGAAAAUCGGCCAAAUAAUCUUAGGAAAGACUACCAGAAGCCCAUGUUUCUGAAAUCCUACCCGCCUUCUGUAGCCAGCUCGGGGAAGCUGGUGGAGGCGGAGUCCCGCGUCCAGACAACUCAAGUACAGACGAACGGGUUCAAGAAGAUUCCAGAAAUGACUUUGGCCCAGGCCUUCUCUUAUUUGAUCCGGAACUAUGAUGAUAAGCAAGCCGAGGCGACCAGAUGCAUCGAAAAGGAGUUUCUCCAGGGAUCCGGUUGGAAAAAGAUGGUGUUCCAGUCAGAGUGGAUCGAGCAGCUCCUGCAGCUCCUCAGCCACGACAACGAGGAGGUGCAGUGUGUCUCCGCAGGGGCCCUGAGGGUUGUUGUUUACCAGGACGAUGAAAAAAAGACGGAAGUGGAACAAAAGAACGGUUUAAACAUCAUUACUAGUGCACUGAAACGCAGCAGAGACAAGGAAACCAGACGGCAUCUUACCGGACUUUUGUGGAACCUUUCUGCUCUUGACAAAAUCAAGGAGAAAUUCUCCGAAAUGCACAUUAAAGUCUUGACCAGUGUAGUUCGGGUGUCGAGUUCUGGAGUAGCUGAGAACCCCAAGGACCUCCUUGUCGCUGAUGAUGAGGCUUUCUACAACGCUACAGGCUGCCUACGAAAUCUGAGCUCUGCUGGCCCGAAAAUCAGGAAUACCAUGAGGAACUGCGAAAAACUAAUCGAUUCUAUUGUUUACUACGUCCGAGCAACUGUACCCGAUUGUCGGGGCGACGACAAGUUAACAGAGAACUGCAUCUGCAUCCUGCAAAAUCUAUCAUACAUGGUUGAUCGAAGCCCAGAGCUUUCAUCAGAGCUUUCAUCGGAGCUUUCAGAGUCUUCAUCAGAGCUUCCAUCAGAAGUUAAGAGGAAGGCCAAAGAGCCGGAAAAAACCUCCGUUGGCUGUUUUCCAUCUCGCAGUGCCAAGGAACCACAGGAGAAACCCCUAUCUACUCCCCCAGCGUUGUCAGAGAAGGCCAAUCCUGUUGGCGUAGAGUGGCUGUGGAGUCCCAUCCUGAUCCGAACGUACCUGUCGUUGAUGGCCUGCAAAGAAGGCCGCACAUGGGAAGGAGCUGUGGGGGCGCUGCAGAACAUCACAGCAGGAAACAAGCAGAGAUCAGAAGCGAUCGCUUGCUUCAUCGCCCAGAAAGAAAACGGACUUCAACAAAUUAAAAAGAUUUUAGAGAACUCCGAGUCAUUAGUGUCUGCUAAGACAGUCAUCCAGCUGAUAAGAAACCUGUCUCGCCACAAGACGGUGCAACCUGAAAUUGUGGCACAUGUGUUGAAAAAUGUGGUGGAAUUGCUGCCUAAUAAUGACAAAGGUGAUGAGGAGACCAGUCAGGUGGCGGCUCAUCUCUGUCAAAUCCUGAUUAACCUGACCACAGGGGACAUCAAACACGCCAAAGCCAUCAUAUCGCUUAAAGCCCUGACCAAGAUCAACAAUAUCAGCAGAAUAGACACUGGUCGGGGUCCGAGCUCAGCGGGUCGUGCGGCUUGUAUUCUGUUGCAGCUCAUGUGGAAGCGCUCUGAACUCCACUCAUACAUCAAAGAAGUGAGUGGCUUGAGAAGAAAACAUUUUAUCAACGAAAGGACAAACUCAGUCUUUAAAUCAGAAACACAAAAACAAAAACUUUCCAAUUUGUGAUUGUAUUUUUUUGUCAUUGUGUAUUUUUGCUGUACAUCAAGUCACUUAUUUACUUCAUAUAGAUUCAAUAAAGAGAAAGACAGGACAUAUAAAUUACAUAUUAUCAUAAAACUUUCUGAUUUUGCAUUUUAAUAUUUUCUUUUUUUCUUAUUUAGUGUUAAAAAAAAGUGCAUUUUAGUUUGUUUACUUGAGGAAACACCACAUAUUUUUACUUUACUGUUGUAAUCCAUCACGGGUGAAGAAGUUCACUUUUAUUAGUGAAAGAAAACCCUCAAGACUUCAGUAAAACUGGCAAAGUAUUUGCAGUUUAUGUAGCUUUUUACUUUUUAUUUGUGUAGCAUGACCGCUCAAAUACAAAUACUGUAUUAUUGUAGUGAACAUUAUUUGAAGAAGCCAAACUUACUCUGGCUAUUGUAAGUAAAUCCACUUUUCUUUAUAUUCUUUAUAUUUUUGUAUUUCAGACUCUUCAUUUUUUUAUUUAUACAAAGCCUUGCUUUUCAAAAAUCAUAAAGAAA